AUGGCUGACGUAAAGAAGGCAUGUCUCGCGUCGUUGGAAGUCGUACCGCUUGGUAGGGGAGCGAAGGAAGUACAAAAUGGCAAGGACAUCUACAAAUUCUUGUUCACCAAUCAUCCAGACGUCCGCAAAUAUUUCAAAGGUGCUGAAAACUUCACUGCUGACGACGUGCAAAAAAGUGACAGAUUCGAAAAACUUGGUACUGGAUUGCUACUUUCUGUGCACCUUCUUGCCAAUACCUAUGAUAAUGAAAUGGUAUUUCGCGCAUUCUGCCGUGACACUAUUGACAGGCAUGUUGGCCGAGGGCUCGACCCCUCCUUGUGGAAGGCGUUCUGGGGCAUCUGGGUGGCAUACCUGGAAAGCAAGGGAGCAUCUCUGAGCGGAGACCAGAAGGCAGCCUGGGAUAAGCUUGGAACUACUUUCAACGAUGAAUGCCAACAGCAACUCGCUAAGCAUGGACUUCCUCACACGUGA